CAACGUUUGCAUCCGAGAAGACAAGAAAAAUGCUACGGGAAACCUGGAAGAGGUUGUUUAAAAAAAAACGUCAAGAUAGAAAAAACAAAAGUUUGGUGAACCGGAUCUGCUCAGAUCCUUCUGAGCCUGGAGUUGAAAAUCCAAGACAAAACAGUUGGCUCAUGAAGACAAAAGACAAGUUUGAUGAAGAUCCGUGCCUGCACGGGCGAGAGAAAAACAUUCCAAUUCUUACAGAUGCACUUAAAGGAGCCAAACAUAUCCAGGAGCUAAUAGAUGCAGCUGAGCAGGUGAAAAAGUGGAAAAAUCAGAAUGGCGCCACACCUCAUGGAAAUACAAGCUCUGGCACCUAUUCUCAGUGUAUGGUAAAAGACUUCUUCAUGACAGCAGAAAAAUUUGUAGAAAACAACUUUCCUUCAAUGCCAACAAACUCACAGACACCCACCGAGGAAUACCUGAAUGAUGCUAUGGGUCUGAUAUGUGGCAUGGUGACUGGCUUAGUGCCAGUCUUGGAUGAUUCUAUACUAGUGAAUUACCUGCUUGACAGUUAUAAUAAGAGACUGUUUGGCAUGUUGUCCUUGUUAAUGGACAGAAGUUCAUCAGUAAAAGACUCCUUCUUCCUUCUACAAUGGGUGAAAAAGACAUAUUUUAGGAAGGACCAUAAGGGAUGUAUGAUCACAGAGAACAGUGUACUUAAUGUAUCGGACCCCCUCUUGCUUGCUGACUGGUUGCAGUAUUCAAAGCAGAAACUCCUCACACUCCUUCAGGGCAAUAUCUCGACUACCCUGCACAAUAUCCUACAACAUGAUCAGCCUAAUAGCGUUGGUGAUGACAGCAAUGAGGAGGCGUUCCUUCAAGUCCAACUAGAUGUUAUACAGUGUCUAAAUGCUUCCAUUCAGACAAGCAAAACAAUCAGUGACACCAUUAAAAAUGCUGUGCAAAGAAUUUGUUGCGAUGAACUUCACACUUUCAUACAGAAGUAUAUGAAUGCACAGGGGGCUGAUGAGGCAAAUUUACUGUGUCACUUUAAAAGACUUUAUACCUGUAGGCAACUCAGGUUCUAUGCUUUGAGCAUUGUUGAUCAAAACAAUAACACAGACACCUCCACUAUCAAGAUGUUAGAAAACAUGGAAACUCAAUCUUUAUCCAGUGUCCAGCAGUUUUUUGGAAAAUUAGCAAAGGACAAUUUAAAGAAGUAUUUCAACAAUGAGGAUGGGCAUUUACAAAAUACAAUAGACAUAAUUCUAAACAUGCUUGCAACUUUACCCAAAGUGCAAGAAGGAGUGGAGUCAAAACAGCUUAUUGUAAAAGCAGCAUACCACAGUGUUACAAAAGCAUACCUGCAGUGUUUAAUGCAGAGAAAGUACAAAAAAUUGGAAAAGAGAUGGCAUGAUGUAGAAAUGAGGAUAAAGAUGGAUGCUGAAUAUUUAAAUGACAACUUUGCAAAACUGAACGAAAGUGAUCAUGAGCAGAAAAUACUUCUGUUGAAAAUGGGUGAGAUUGUACAGUGCCGUACGCUAGAUACUCUUAAGCUUCUUUGCUCAGAACUGUACAUGGAAUUCCCUAAAGAGAGUGAGGAGUAUAUACCUGCCCUACUGCACUGGAGAGGGAUAUUUUCACGAAGCAAGAUUAAGAAAGUAAUUGAUGUGAGUAGGGACUUUGAAGGCCAUUUCAGAAAUGGAGACCAUGUCAGAUUCCAUUCUUGUAUAUACUGGUGGGGCUGUUUUUGUUGAAUGUAAGGAAAAAGCAAAUGACCAGAUUUUUUUUAUUAUAAAGACAAAGCAGACAUCCUGGGCAUUUUCCUACCCAGGGUAUAGUCUAAAAACACUAUUGUAGAAACU